AUGAAAGAAGUAACAGUCGACAGUCUGGAGUUUUUCAAGAGCCAUUGGACUGCCUGGCGAGUCCUGGGAGUGGCCCAACUUCGAGUCCAGUCCUGGAGGAACCUCUACAUCGCCUACAGUAUAGUGAUGAAUCUGUUUGUGACCCUCUGCUAUCCCCUCCACCUGGGAAUGUCCCUCUUUCGAAACCAAACCCUCACCGAAGAUAUCCUCAACCUGACGACCUUUGCCACCUGCACAGCCUGCUCGGUGAAAUGCCUGCUGUAUGCCUAUAACAUCAAGGACGUCCUGGAAAUGGAGAGGCUUUUGAGGCUUCUGGAUGAGCGAGUCGUGGGCCCGGAACAACGUGGCAUCUACGGACAGGUGCGGGUGCAGCUGCGGAACGUUCUGUACAUCUUUAUCGGCAUCUACAUGCCCUGCGCCCUGUUCGCCGAGCUGUCCUUUCUGUUCAAGGAGCAGAGGGGUCUGAUGUACCCUGCCUGGUUCCCCUUCGACUGGCUCCAUUCCACCAGGAACUACUACAUAGCGAACUUUUAUCAGAUCGCUGGCAUCUCCUUCCAACUGCUGCAAAACUAUGUGAGCGACUGCUUUCCGGCGGUGGUACUGUGCCUGAUCUCCUCCCACAUUAAAAUGCUCUACCAGAGAUUUGAGGGGGUGGGAGUGGAUCCAUCAAAGAAUGCGGAAAAGGAACUGGAGGAGUGCAUCACCGAUCACAAACAUAUUCUAGAACUCUUCCGGCGUGUUGAGGCCUUCAUUUCCCUACCCAUGCUAAUUCAGUUCACGGUGACCGCCUUGAAUGUCUGCAUCGGCAUUGCGGGCUUGGUGUUCUUCGUCAGUGAGCCCAUGGCUCGGAUGUACUUCAUCUUCUACUCCCUGGCCAUGCCCCUGCAGAUCUUUCCAUCCUGCUAUUUCGGCACUGACAACGAAUACUGGUUUGGACGGCUCCACUACGCGGCUUUCAGCUGCAACUGGCACACUCAAGGCAGGAGCUUCAAGCGGAAAAUGAUGCUGUUCGUGGAGCAGUCCUUGAAGAAGAGCACUGCCGUGGCUGGUGGCAUGAUGAGAAUCCACCUGGACACCUUCUUUUCAACGCUAAAAGGUGCCUAUUCCCUGUUUACCAUCAUUAUACGGAUGAGGAAGUAA